AUGAUUGUCUCCGCUCAUCACGAGGGAUCUUCCACAGAAUCCUGCCUUAACUGCCCUGGAGUUGAUAUGCUAGACAAGGAAGAUGUGGAGGUUCUGAUGAAGUACUUCAAGUUCUCCAAUACCUGGAUUGAUUCGAUAUUUGCUAGCUUGAUAUCUCCCAAUCAAGUGGAGCUUAUCCAGUGCGAUCAUGAGGACAUUGCCAAAUUCAUCAAUCAUUCCAAAUCAACCUUAGGAUUCAGCCUAAGCCAUCUUAAUCUGAACAUCAUCGAGUACUCAGUCUUCAAGUCCUUCUGUAUCUGGAAGCUUGUGUAUCAUGAGACAAGCAUCGCAAUGAAGAUUAUGGCUCAAGAGCAUUUUGAGGGUGUUACCAGUGCUCUCCGGAAGUAUUACAGGAAGGAAUCCAAAAUGAACGACUUGGAAGUGGCAACCCGAAUCGGGGAUAUCACAUUGCAAAUUAUCACUGUCUCGAACCUCUACAACGACAUGAUCCGGCUAUAUCAUCAAAUUGGAGUUGAAUUUUAAUAUACUAAUUUAAUAUAAUGUAUUGGGAGUGGUUUUUCUAAAUUCUGAUUAUUUAUAUUUUCAACUAUUCAUAUAAACUUUAUUAUUUC